UUGUAUUAUUUUUUUAAUAAUUAAUAAAUAUAUUUAAAUAACUUAUCGGGAAAACAAAAGGUUUUAAUCUGAAUGUGAUCUCUUUAUUUUCGAGCAAUUCUUUUAAAUUCAAUUUUUUCUAUUCUUUGCACAUUUGUCAUCCUUUUAUUUUUUAAUACCUAAGCUUAUCGCUUUCUCUCGUUUCUCUUUUAUAUAUAAAAAAGUAUAUAUUUGUCUUAAAAAAUCACUUUUUUCUCUAAAGACAGUUAAUAAAAUAGCACGUUAUAUUACAGCGAGUGCAUUUUGUUAUUUCUUCGUCGUUGUAUUGCAAGUAAUCAAUUCGAUCCAUCGUGAAGAACACGACGCAUACACAUGCAUACUACAUGCUGCGCAAUUAAGCGACAUGCACGCAAAUGUCAGGGACACGCGAGCAAUCGGCGUACAUACAUACUGUACUCAAAAAUAUUUCUUUUCGUUCUUUUAUCUACAUUCUCUAACAGACAAAUUUCGCUCUUCCUUUCUCUUCCUCGCUCUAAAAUCUACAAUUGUCCCAUUUUACAAAAAGCGCUGAGUAAUAAGCAUAAUCCAAAUAAUAAAGCAAUUAGAGUAAUUAAAGCAAGUUUUUAGCCCUGCUAGUAUUUUAAUUGUGUUUCCCGCAGUCGAAACAUGUAUGAGAAAGGAAACAGAAAAAUUAGAGGAAAAACAUAUAGAAAAUAGGAACGCGCAGAAGGAGGAAUCUAUGAUAGCGCGAAAUUUCGAGUACGAAAGGGUUGUUCUCCUCUUUUCUUUUUUUCCUCUUUUACAGCAAUCUCGCGAAUGUCGACCUGUUUCGCGUGCGAAUAAUCAAAUCGAUAUACGAGUCAUGGCACCGGGAAAUAUUGAUCAAAGCGGCCGCACGGCCGCUGACAGUAUGCGUCCGUAGCGAUUGCGGUAGUUAUGUGCGGAGGAACGCUCGUCGCACGAGCGUCGCGCACUCGGAACUCGGUGAAGCUGGUCUUUCUGCUGCUGCUCUUCUCGAUCGCGCACCUGCCGUUGCUCCGACACGCCGAUGCCAAAAUACUCGAGGGCGACCUGAUAACACACGAAAACUGGGCAUUUGUCGCGAGAUUCUGUUUUCUAACAGAAAGCGGUACUUUUCGGUAUCAUUUUGAAUUAGGAGGUGAAGAACGCAAUCUAAACCUCCUGCUGUACUACGAUGGAGCACACCAAUGGCCCACCGUCUAUCCUUCCAACAAGACAUGCCGGGAGAAAGAGAGUAUUCUCAACAUCCACUACGGUCAAAUAGUGCCGCUGAACACGUCGUGGCUAUCGUCGGGAUGCGUGGAGGACGACGACGGUGUCCGAUGCGACAGCCAGAGGAGAUUCAUCUCGGCCCGGCCGAGAUGGUGGUUCAUAGUUUUAGCCGACUGCUCUUCCACGAAAGGCCUGAACGUCACGUACUGGAUAUCGCUGACCAAUGCGGCGCCCGGCGCAUUCUGGAAGGAACACUUCUCCGCAGACGAAUUCUACAUACUGCCGCUGCUGAUACCGAUCGCCUGCAUGUACCUGAUAUUCAUCGUCCUUAGUUUCUACAUAGCGCUGCAACUUCGCUCCAGGAGGCUGCUACAUAUAUCCUACAAACUGUUCAUCGCCUCCUUGCUGUGUCAAUUAUUAGGGGUGUCGUGCGAGCUUUACAGUUACGUCAAUCUUGGCCUGAGAGGAAUGCCAGCGAUGAACGCUUAUCUGUUGAGCCAGCUCUCGGAAGCGUGUUCCGAGACCCUGUACACAGUUCUCAUGCUGCUGCUCGCUAUCGGUUACACAGUUACCAAAAGUGUCCUUACAUCGUCGCAAAUCCGAUGGCUGGCAGUAUUCAUCGGUAGUACUGCCAUUUGUCAAAUGUCGCUUUAUAUAUAUCAGUCUGAGGUAUUCGAUCCAGGAUUGGUGUUAUACAUUUACGAGUCGCCACCGGGCUACGGUCUAAUAGCGCUGAAAUUGAUCGCCUGGUUCGUGUUUGUCACUCGUUGCUUCAAGACUAUCAGAAAAUUGAAUACAAAGCUCCACUUCUACACUUCGCUACUUCUCUUGGGAUCCGUGUGGUUUCUCUUUCACCCAUUAACGGUAUUAAUCAACACUAUAUUCGUGGACGAAUGGGUGAGAGAGAGCAUGGCCAAAGGAAGUUCCCUUUUCAUUGUCUUCUUGGGUCACAUAAUGUUUUUAUAUGUAACUCGACCAUCUGUGAACAAUAAACGUUUUCCAUUUCACAUUAGGACAUUCCAAGUUGUACCCAUAGGUGGUCAAGGGCAGGAUCACAGCUACGAGCCUGGUCCUCGAACUGCAGUUACCGCAUUUACUAUCACACGGACACCGGCUUACUUUAGUCAAUCACUACGAUAGGCGUAGAUAGAAAAAAUAGCGAAUAGAGACGUGCAACCACAGGUGGAAUGCACUAUUAUUAAAGUGACUAUUGAAGACAAGCAAUGGAUGGCUAGUGAAAAAAAAAAAA